AUGCCAGCCGCUCGUUUAUCCGAAACCCCCUUGCUCGCGAGAGAAGCCGCCGCCGCCGUAGUGGCGCAGAGCUCGCCGGUCGACUCGGAUUCGACAGACUAUCGCAUCUCACCAGCCAUCGUCGUCGCUAUCAUCAUCUGCAGCGCUUUCGCUUUCAUCCUAGCUGCUGCUAUGGCAUUCUUCUUCUCCUGGCGUUCCGACAGGAGGACGAAGCGUACAACGAACAUCAGCGCCGAGGAGCACGUCGACCCUCUCGACCGUUACACGCAGCCUCCGCGGCGACAAGACGAGAAGCGGUCGAAGCGCAAAUGGUCAUAUUCAUCGAGCACGACCUAUACCACGGGCGAUACGGACGCCCUGGACGGCGCUCCCGUGCUCUUAUCAUCUGCGCAGGCGGACGCGCUCCCUCCUUACUCCCCACCACAACUCACAUCACUCCCGCUCGCUCGCACAACGUCUUCGCCGAGCAUGUACUCCGUAUCAUCGACAACGGACGCUCCAGUUAGGAGCUCGCCUCCGCCGAACAACAGGCGCCGCUCUAGCAGCGUUCACCAGCUCGUCGACGUUGAGUCCGGCCGCGCGCCGUCGCAACCCACGCGCGUCUCACUCCCCCUGUCUCUGCGCCCUGCACUACCCUCGGCUCCGCCGCCUAGCCGGAAUAUGCGAGACAACAUGACCGUCGAGCAGAUGUUGGAGCUCAUGCCGGAUGCAAGGCUUUCGUACGCUGUGAUGUUUUGA